GUUUGUUUAUGAACAAUUGAGCUUACUGCUUGUUAUCAAUGAAGUGAUACGAAGUGCGAAAUUUUCGAUGGGAUAAUUGUUUCAUCGAACUUUACUCCUUACACAAUUGUUCACGCCUCCUAAUUGUUUCGCUUUUAUAUAUUAGUUUACAUUGUUUUUGUGGUACCACCGCACAUUCCCGAAACUUGUUAUUAUGUAAGAUGGAUCCAUGCCUGAUGCCUACUUUUCACUCAUUCAAUUUUACCAUUGAACCUGAUAAGUUUCAGUUCCAGUAUCACCUCUUAAAACUAUAACCUCAGUGUGGCCGCUCUGUAGUCCUUCAAAAUGUGGGUAGAGCCUGAAGAAGUCACGCUGAACGCCUUCUGGGAAACUGAGCGGAAAUCGCUAUAUUUCCUUUUGCAACGGAGGGUCGGACAUGGUGGCCAGGCUGAUCCUAAACUCCUCUCGUUUUGGGUUAAAAAAUUUGAUUCCAUCACAUCAAGAAGACCACCGCCUUUUAGAAUUCUUCAUCAGACCCCUUCAUCAAAUACUUAUCAUCAAAUUUCAGUGGCCAUGACUUGGGGUGAAAUUGAUAAGGACUGGUCUCACCUAGAAUCUCUCUUAGAGUGUGACUCUUUACCUGAGGAUGAAGUCACGGGCUACAUUUUAACAAAAAUCAAAUCUCACUUGGUCACAGGUCCCGUGGAUCCAGCUCUGCAAAAUAUUAAUUCUGAAGGUGAAAAGACAUCUUUCAUUAGUCGGGAAGCUGAUAAAUUCCGGAAGUUAUUCAAUAUGCCACCUGAAGAAACUUUAGUAGCUGUUUACCUCUGUUUUUACAGGAAAAAGUGGUUAUAUUCUGGAACAAUGUAUCUCUCAGUGUCCCAUCUCUGCUUCUACUGCCCUAGUCAUAUCAUCGUCAUUCAGUGGAGGGACAUUAUCGAUUUUUACAAAUCCUAUAAUGUCGUUAUAACCAUCAAAAAGAAGACCGGCAAAAAGUUUGAUUUCAUUUGCUAUCAAAGAACUUCUGAAAUUUUUGCAUCAAUUCGGCAGUUGGUCAAUUUGGCAAUGAAGCAGUGUAUUAAUGAAACAUCUAGUUUUAAGGAAGACAGUGAUCUAUUGCAUAAGUCAAGCAUUAAUGUCUCUAAGAAGCAGACAUUCCUGAAGAGAGAUCUAGACGCCAGGACUGAAUCGGAAACAUAUAGGCUACUGUUCCGGUUAGAUAGCUCAGAGAAGUUGGACGGCAUGAUAACCGCCUGUCUUCAUGCGCCGUUCAAUCGCACAUUGGUCCCUGGUGUAUUAUUUUUAUCUCAAAAUUAUUUAUGUUAUGAAAGCAAGGAUAAAGGCUUGUUGAGUCUUGUAUUACCGCUGCGAUAUUUAGAAACAGCCGAAAAAGGGGAACUUCAAAUUGGUGGCCGAGUCUGUGAUACUAAUGUUUUAAUAAUAAAAAUCCCUAAGCAGCAGUUUAUGUUCACAAACAUUCAGGAUCUAGAUUUUCUGAUAGAUAAAAUACUGAAGUUAUCGUCUAAAAUAAAAAGGGCCAAACAUAGGUAUACUCCUUUUCCAAGUAUCAAAAAAGAAAACAACAGCGUUUCGUUGGAAUCAAUCUCAGAUCUCAACUGGAGUCCUGCGCCAGCCUUGAUGGAAAUGUUCGAAUCGGAGAAAAAUGAGACCAUGAGGAAACUCGAGGAAGAGAAGUACCAGUUUUGGCUGAAGCAUUUCGAGCACUAUCAGCGUGGUGUCACGAUGUACCGAACUUUUGCAGUUGGCAAAUUAGUUCUGAGAGGUAUCCCCGACAAGUUGAAAAGCGAGUUGUGGAUGACGUUUUCAGGUGCCACAAAUCUGCUUGAGUCAAAGCCAGGAUAUUACAAAGAGCUAGUCAAUAGGAGUAUAGGCAUCAAAUCUACGACAAACGAAGAAAUAGAGCGUGAUCUUCAUCGUUCGCUUCCGGAGCAUCCUGCAUUCCAAUCUGACGUUGGAAUCAAUGCCUUACGACGUGUUUUGUGUGCUUAUGCAAUCAGAAAUCCACAAAUAGGAUAUUGUCAAGCGAUGAACAUUGUUGCCAGUGUUUUUCUGCUGUACUGCUCCGAAGAGGAAGCUUUCUGGUUGCUGGUCGUAGUUUGCGAACAUCUCAUGCCUGAUUACUACAACAAGAAAGUAAUAGGUGCAAUAAUAGACCAAGGCGUCAUGGAUUGCCUCGUCGAAAAAUAUUUUCCCAGUCUUCAUGUGAUGUUGGAAAAACUAGGCAUGUUCUCAUUAAUCUCCCUGUCUUGGUUUUUAACUAUUUUUAUCAGUGUUCUCAACUUUUCCUGUGCCGUCCAUGUUGUUGAUUGUUUCUUGUACGGUGGUGCUAAGGUUAUGUUUCAGAUCGCUCUAUCCGUGCUGGAACUGAACAAAGAGAAACUGGCAAAAUGCGAGGAGGAAGGUGAAGCUAUUCAGAUUCUAACAGAUUUUUUAAUUGGCGUUUAUAAUGAAGAGGAUCCCGUAAUAACGCCUCACAAGCAUCGUAUGGUCCACAUGACGAUAUCCAUCCAGAAACUGCUUUCCAUGGCAGUGUCAAAUUAUACUGAAAUAAACCUCCAGUAUAUAGAAAAUUUAAGACUGAAACAACGACUAAAGGUCGUCAGAAAUCUUGAGGACUCCCUUAUUCGAAACGUAGUCAGAAGCAUCUUGGCAGAUGGAUAUUUCAAAGAAACAGAACUUCAGGAUUUAUUGCAAUUAGUGCGGGAAGAACAAAUGAAUCCUCGCAGAAAACAACCUCCAGUAGAUAAUGAGUCGAAUGAUAUAGUCCCUUUGCAGCUGCCAUACGAAACAAUCAAGUGUGAUUUCGAACUGUUCCACAUGAUUUUUACCAUUGUAUCACCUUGGGCCACCACUGAAUCUACGGUCACCCACGACAUUGCUGUUCGCAUUUUUCGAUUGAUGGAUGCUGAUGAUGAUGGUUAUUUGAACUUCCGCGAAUUAGUCAGUUGUCUGGGCCUGACUUGUUCCGCAUCAGCAGAAAGGAGACUGAAAUUACUGUACAUAAUCCACUUCCCGCCUCUUCUUUCGAAGCUAGACAUCGGAUCAACUCGUUCCUUAUUUUCAGAAUCUGACACUGAUGUAGCCUCCGAAGCUGUUGAAUUCUUCAAUGACCAGUAUUCAGAACAAAAGAUAAACACUACAACUUUAACAACCAUUCCUGAACAAACAAAUAAUUCAUCACAACAGUAUUCAUCAGAUGAUGUUCCAGGCGAUGUCAGAAGCAUCAGCUCUUUCCGAUCACUCUUAACAUUUUCAUCACAGCAGUCUGGCGACACGAAGCCGUUACCAGCCAUGGAUCAGAUCUACCUCAUCGAACUGCUCCAUACCUUGAAUUUCAUCCUCUCCAAACAAGAUGCUGAAGAGCAAAAUUCAGAUCUAAUGUUUUUCGUCAGCAACAUCCUUCAUGCCGGAAAAAAAACCAACAAUGAAGAAAUUGAAAGUUCUGCCAUCAGUGAAAAGAAAAACAUUGAUGAAGCUGUGCAAGAUUCACUAUCAAUAUCUGCCGAUCUUUUCUUGGCUGAAAUCUCAAAGUACGCCUCCAUCAUCGAAGUUUUCAAUGAACGCGUGGACAUCUCCAGUAAAAUUUCAAAAUACAAUGAAAAAAGGUUUCGAACCAUACACAGUCUCUCAAAUUUGUAAUGCGCUGCAACUUUUUUCUCUUGUCAUCACAGAAUUUUUGAUAACUUACCAACUGGAAAACUUUUGGUGGGUUAUCAGAUUAACUUGCUGCAUUUCUUAUCUCAGUGUUCAUAGUUUUAAUCCAAUUCAAUUUUAGUUAACUUUGUAUCGCAAUAUCAAAUUAUUUUACUCUUUGAUCUAGGGAAACCGUGCUGUUUAUUUCAUGUGUAUGGCACUCUGUGCUAUGUUUUAAUUUUUGAGAACACUUUCAGGCUUUACAAAAGAAAGUGGAAUCUAUUUUAGCCUAUAUUUUUACUUGUAUCAUGCUGCAGACUGUACUAAACCUUAUAAAUAUUGUUUUAAAGUGAAAAGGAAAAUCAUCAAAAUAAGAUGAUGAAAAGUUAAUUUUCUCCUUCUAAAUUGAUGGUGAAACUGUAGAAAUGCAUAUUUCCAUUUACGACGUUGCAGACUUCUUGUCAUACUUCAUUUUUUAAGUGGAAACCCAUUAAACGUCAUUUCUCGAAAAUGUUCUUUGUUUUUUCUUCUUUUUUUCAAGGAUAUUCUGCGAAAAUUUCAAGGCAUGAUGUCGGUUAGGUCUCCUUUUAAAAAAUAAAAUAGUAGCACAGAUUCUGGAAAGCUGCCAUUGAGUUUCGCAUUUUUGCAGUUUCACUGUUGAUAUGUAAUUUUUCCUGACUCUACAAGGAAAUUACUUACCCUCUUGGGUUCCACGCCUGCCUCAGAAACAUGUUGUAAUGAAUUAAUGAAUGUUUCCAUGCUUUUUAUUAUUUUGAGCAGAUACAGUGUACACUCGCUCAAAAAUCUUUUUCACACAGAAGGAACGUAUUCAUGAAAAAAUCUAUUUAAUUGAAAAGGGAGAAAAAAAUCUGUAUUCGCCCCUCUUUGUUAAUUUUGAAUGACCCCAGUUAGCUGGUGAAUUAGCUUCAGUAUGCUAAUAUAAAAUAGUGGAACCGGACUUUUUAAUUCAAAGAGGUCUUGGUGACUCCAUUUUGAUACGGAUUAGUGAAAUUAGCGAAAGAAUGACCAAGGUUCACUCUGUCGAGAACACGUUGUGAGUGAAGACAUUUUUUAAGUUUUCAUCUAAAAGCAGAUGAUUUUGAGUUGUAGAGCAAUUUGAACUUGUUUGAGGUCUUUCUUUGUUCUGAAGUUUCUGGUGAAGCAAUCUCUAUAAUUUAAAAUCUUGUAAGUUAAAGAAAAUCCUUGCUUUGUUCAAUUUUAUCAGUUUGAGUGUACACUGUAACAAAUCAUGUUUUUGUCAAGACUUGAAAACAGGUCGAAUGCAUGAAAAGUAUCAGAACUAAUAAAAAAUGAAGGUUUUGUGUCCAAAAAAAUUACCACCUUUGAACCCUUCGAUUUAAUGCAGGCAACGAUUUAUAAUAAAACGCAGGCAAUCAAUGUCUUACACCUUGUCUAUGUUGAGGGUUCGAAAAAUAUAUUAUGUCUGUUCGUCUUCCAAUGUUAAUAUUCUUGAAAUCUUGAAAAAGAGCAAGAAACUUUUUUCUUGCUCUCUCUGUAUAAUUUUUAUUUAUACACUUGUGCAAUUUGUUUUGAUAAAAGUCCACUCCAAAGGAGUUUAUACACUUUUAGAUUGCAGCAGAAGAUCGUGUGACAUCAGUUUAGCAUUGAAGAUAAAUGCAAGAGUCAAGACGGCGGAUCUUCUGUUGCAGUCCAAAAGUGCGUAAAGUUAUUUGGCAAGGACGCUAAUUGAGUCUCAUUGUAUAAAUUUGUACCGCCCCUUUAAUUUCUAGGAUUUUUUUUAUUAUUAUUCAUUAUGGCAUUUUUUCAUCUGUCCAUAAAUGAAAUAUUUAUUAUUGGUCAAACGUGACUUUUAACACCAGCCUUUUCAUAACUUUUUCCUCUCUGUUAAUAAUCGCUCAUAUUACGGAUUUGUAAUCUAUUCGAGUCCAUGCCAAAUAAGUUUGCAAACCGCACUACUGUUGCAGUCUAAAGGACUGCAACAGUAGAUCCGCCAUCUUGAUUCUUUCAAUCACUUUACCCAUAAAAGUGACGUCAGUCACUCGUCAGACCCUGUUGCAAUCUUGGAGUGCGUAAACUUAUUUGGCGUGGGCUCUACCAUGGAGGGAAGAGGCAAUAUCUGUAAGGAAGAAACCAGUUUUCUUUUGAACUAUAAAAUUGUAUGCCACAAUUGCUGUAAUUGCUUGUAUUGCUGUAAUUCAAACCCAUCUUUUUGAUUUUUUGUUACUUUUAUAAUUUUAAAAAUACUGAAUUAAUGAGUUGAAAGAAAAUGAACAGUUCUAAUUCUAAAGGAAAAAAAAUUUGAACAUUAUUUUCAAUGAAAUUUAAGUAACUGAAUGCAUUCUCUGGUGCCCUGAAUCAUCAAGACGUAAUUAACGAGCUGCCAGUUCUUAUAUGAAAUCACCAGCUUAAAUUACCAAUAUUUUUAAGAAGUUGAACUAUUAAAAUUUUAAUUUUUACGAAUA